CAUACUACUUGUCUGGCAGGCUCGGGGUCGCGCUUUGCAAAAUAUCCGGCGGAUGCUGCGAUUCUGCGCACAGAGCGUUGGGUGGCAGCUGCGGCUCAAUGUAUCACCCUUAGACAAGCACAGUGCGAUCGGGGGAAGAGGAGGAGCAGUAGCGGCCGCCGCCGGACACCGACCACCCAUUCCCCCCACAAGAGCCGGAGCUGUCGGGCCCAAAGUAACCCAAACUAGCCGCACGGCAGCCUCCCCCGGCGAACCCAUCAGGAUUAAAAGGGUGGGGGAGAAAGAGAACCAUCAGGGUGGGGGUGAAACCGGCUGAACAGGGCGGAGAGCGCCAAUAAAGGGAAUCAAUACUAUCUGCUUGUGAGGGGUGUCAUCAUCGCUUUCUGCUAAUUGCACGGCCGCACUGUCAUUGUCUCACACCAGCUUUUCUCUCCCUCUGGGGCAACAGCGAACCCCCCCAAAAGAGCAGCGGACACAGCUGACAGUACGCACUAUUACAGAAACGCUUCAUUUCGGAGGGAGUCAGGAUUCACCCUUCAGCAGAGUGUUGUGGAACAGGCGGAGGCGAGCGGAUAGCGGGAGCUUAGGGGAUGUUACACGCUGAGAGCAUGGAUCGGGUGGAUCUGUGUGAGAGUCUGUUGACGUGGAUCCAGACAUUCCAUGUAGAUGCGCCAUGCAAAACAGUUGACGAUCUGACUAGUGGUGUGGCCAUGGCUAUGGUCCUCCAGAAAAUUGACCCAGUAUAUUUUGAUGAAAACUGGUUAAACAGAAUAAAAACUGAUGUUGGAGACAACUGGAGACUAAAGAUAAGCAAUUUGAAGAAAAUUUUAAAAGGUAUCCUGGACUAUAACCAUGAGAUUUUGGGACAUCAGAUAAAUGAUUUUACACUUCCAGAUGUUAAUUUGGUUGGAGAACAUUCAGAUGCAUCAGAACUGGGACGAAUGCUCCAGCUUAUUUUGGGAUGUGCUGUCAAAUGCGAACAAAAACAAGAGUAUAUACAAACAAUCAUGAUGAUGGAAGAGUCUGUGCAACAUAUGGUCAUGACAGCCAUCCAAGAGUUAAUGAGUAAAGAAACUCCAGUUUCCAUUGGCACAGAUGCCUAUGCUGAACUCGAUCGGCAGCUAAAAAAGGCAAAUGAAGAACUGAACGAUGCAUUGGCAGCAAAAGAAGAAAUUGCCCAAAGAUGCCAUGAAUUGGAUAUGCAGGUUGCUGGACUCCAAGAAGAAAAGAGCAGUUUGCUUGCUGAGAACCAGAUUCUUAUGGAACGAAUGAACCAAUCAGAUUCACUGGAAGAUCCCAACAGUCCAGCAGGUCGUAGGCAUCUACAGCUACAAACUCAGCUAGAACAAUUGCAAGAGGAAACAUUCAGGCUCGAGGCAUCUAAAGAUGAUUACAGAAUUCGCUGUGAAGAGCUGGAGAAGGAGAUCACAGAGUUACGGCAACAAAACGAAGAUUUAACCACACUUGCAGAUGAAGCUCAGUCACUCAAAGAUGAAAUGGAUGUUCUCAGGCAUUCAUCUGACAAAGUAUCCAAGUUAGAGAGUCAGGUGGAGUCAUACAAGAAAAAACUAGAAGAUCUGGGGGAUUUACGAAGACAAGUAAAGCUUUUAGAAGAGAAAAACACUAUGUACAUGCAGAAUACAGUGAGCCUAGAAGAGGAACUCCGGAAAGCCAAUGCUGCCCGCAGUCAGCUUGAGACUUACAAGAGACAGGUAGUUGAAUUGCAAAACAGACUCUCGGAGGAGUCAAAGAAAGCAGACAAACUGGAAUUUGAAUAUAAGAGAUUGAAAGAAAAAAUUGACAGUUUACAGAAAGAAAAAGAUAGAUUAAGGUCAGAAAGAGACUCGCUUAAGGAAACCAUCGAGGAGCUGAGAUGUGUUCAAGCUCAGGAGGGGCAACUAACCUCAGCAGGUUUGAUGCCAUUAGGUAACCAGGAGCCAACUGACAGUUUAGCAGCAGAGAUUGUUACACCAGAAAUUAAAGAGAAGCUCAUACGGCUACAACAUGAAAACAAGAUGUUAAAAAUUAAUCAAGAAGGAUCUGACAAUGAAAAAAUAUCCCUUUUACAAAGUCUGCUUGAUGACGCCAACAUGAGGAAAAAUGAGCUGGAGACAGAAAACAGACUAGUAAAUCAACGUUUGAUAGAAAUGCAGUCCCAGGUAGAAGAACUCCAGAAAUCUUUACAAGAGCAAGGAGCAAAAGCUGAAGAUUCACUGCUUUUGAAAAAGAAACUUGAAGAACACUUAGAAAAGCUGCAUGAAGCAAAUAAUGAACUACAGAAGAAACGGGCUAUUAUUGAAGAUUUGGAGCCUCGUUACAACAAUAGCUCAAUGAAAAUUGAAGAAUUACAAGAUGCCCUGCGGAAAAAAGAAGAUGAUAUGAAACAAAUGGAAGAGCGUUACAAAAAAUAUCUAGAAAAAGCAAAAAGUGUUAUUCGCACAUUAGAUCCAAAACAGAAUCAGGGAACUGGCCCAGAAAUACAAGCCUUAAAAAAUCAGUUGCAGGAAAGGGACAAAAUGUUCGUGUCUUUGGAGAAAGAAUUUGAGAAAACAAAGACGCAGAGAGAUCAAGAAGAGAAAUUAAUUGUGAGCGCGUGGUACAACAUGGGAAUGACUUUACACAAAAAAGCAGCAGAAGACAGACUUGCUAGCACGGGCUCAGGACAGUCGUUUCUGGCACGACAAAGGCAAGCAACAAGCUCUAGAAGGUCCUACCCUGGUCAUGUUCAACCCGCUACAGCGAGGUAGAAGAGACUCAUGGGAAAUCUUCAUCUUGACCUUGUAUUGCACAUGACAGCAUUUCAGGAAAUGUAACCAGUGUGCUUUUAUUUGUUCCUUAUAUUUUUACUACAAAUCCUAAUCACACAUAAGUCUUUUCUAUGAUGUUUAUGUUUUAAUUUUUUAUGUGCCAGAAAUGUUUUAUUUACCCUAAAUUAGAUGUAAGAAUUUCUGUUUGGUUAAUCUCCACUGGAGUUCUAAAUACAGAAGGGGUGAUGUACCUUGACCCCAGACAGAAGUGCAAGAGCACAAAGGGGCAACAAGCACACCCUACAUGCUGUUCUUCUCUGCAGGGCAGAAAGUGCAAAAAACAUGGCAACUGCACUUUUGUUUUGCUCCCUGCUCUGCACAUAAUAAAUGACCCCUCUAAAGCCAAGAUUGCACACUCCUGCUCUCCAUCUCUUUGGUGGCUGGGUUUUACAUCAUAGCAACUGGAAUGCUGUGACUUGCACACCGCUAAUUUAAAGCUGUCUGCAUAGAUUGAUCAGAUCUACCCUGCAAGGGGAAAGGAAUUGCCUCUUUAAAAUACCAAACACUCUGAUGCGAUUGUAUGUACAUAUCAGCAUGUGGGCAGGUUUUUCAUAUUAUUGGUAUGUUAUGGAAAAUGAAAAGCCUUGCUCCAGAAAUAUCUUGUUUUUAUGCACAGAAUGUAAUCAAGGACUUCAGGUAUUUAAAUACAUCCAGCCAAGUUGUUUUUACACUUUGUUGCCACUCUUCAUGACAGAGGUUGCUUUAUAGCAAUUUGUUACACAAGCAGAACCCUCUAAUGGUCAGAUUCCAGCAGAACCAAUCACGUCUUGCAUGAACAAAAUUCCUACUGAAUGUGUGUAAAAGCAUAUUAUAAGCAGUAGUUUGACUGAAAGCAGGAAAAUGUACAUAACACCAAAUGCUUGGUUCCUGGUCAGCUUUAUUUGCUGCAAAACUUUGGUGACCCUAGUAAGCAAAUGCAGCUUAAAAAAGAGAAACUAUUUAAUUUUUCGCUCAUUCCUGUAAGGAAGGGUUGCACAGUUCAACACGCAGCGUGCUUCCUCUGGUUCUCAAUCACUCCAGCAAAGAGUAUGCUCAGCACUGGUUACCCAUGUAGGCUGCAUAAAUAAUAAAAUGAAAUAAUUGCUCUGAGGAAAUGAAUAUUAAGUUAUUAUUUUAAUUGUUCCUUCUAAUUUGUGAAACUUUGCUGGUUUUGUAGAUAAAAACCCAUGCAUGAGUAAUGGUCACUUUCCUUUUGCUUAAUCUGGGUAUGUGUUAUCGGUGCCUCUAGGGUUAAGAUGGAGUUACACUGACCAUCUACUUGAUAACAUUUAGAACCCACUGGAUUUUGUUGUUGCAGUAGCAGCUGCAUACGUGCAAUAGAGCCCGACAUGUAAGUGAAUGAAUGCUCAGAGUAUAGAGAAGUGCAGGGAAUACCGCACAUUUGCUGAGAUUUUGUAGCCUGAAAGUCGUUUCAGUUUGUUGCUUCUGAACAGUUCCUCUGUCUGCCGUUGUUACAGAACUUAAUUGCAACAGAGCUGGUAGAAUCUUAAAGCUAUACUGACUUAUGACUGUAUGAAUUCACUGUGAGGUGAAAAACUGCCAUGGUUUUGCUGACCGUUUAACAUUUUAAGAAUUCCUCUAAUUUUGGGAGAGAAAGGUAAUCUGCUAUCAGAACAUCUCCUGGGAAAAUACUGAGUGCCAGGUCAGGCAAGAUGAGAUAUAUUUUCUACUACAUUAACCUGUCCAUGGAAAGAAUCGUAUAGAUAUAUAAUGUUUCUAAGAAUGUGGAAUACUGAAAGUAUUCCAUGGGCAAGAGGAACCUGGAGUCAUUAAUAGAUAGUUCCAUGGCUCUUGGGGAAUUUUCAGAUUUACUUUAGCCAAGGAAAACUCCUUUUCAGGCAAAAUAAAAUGUGUGUGUGUGUGUGUGUUUGUUUGUGUGAGUUAAGGGGAAAUGUAUCUAAAGAUGAUGCCUUGGUAAAUGUGUUCUACUUUUAAAAUGAACAGUAAGGACAGAAGAUAUAAAUUAAUCUUUACUCUAGAGCUUUAGUGUUUAAGAGCUGAUAAAGAAAUCCACAUGUGUUCAUGUCCCUUUCUAACCCUGCUUCACUUGUAUUUCCUUUGUACCAUCAACAACACCAAGAAUUCACCUAACCCAUGUAGCAUUUUCGUUUUAAUCCAAAUUCCUGGCUUGUGUUGCUAGUUGCUUAUAGGGAACCAACAAGCCAAGUAUUUGUAUUGCCACCAUUCUCCCAGGAAAAGCUGUGGCUAGGGCUAGCAGAUCACUUGAAAAAUGAAGGGAAAUGCCUCAGUUCAGCCCUGUUACAUGGAUUUAUUAGACUUGUUCUUGUGUUUCAAGUGCUCUGGUACCCCUAGUUGUGCCAAUAAAAGAACUGCAGUGGUGGGCAGUACGUUCUAGACAUUCAUGUUUUGUUUUCCAUCUAACAAACCUAUUGUGCAUUACUAUUACAAGCCACAUGCUUGCAGCCUCAUUCAUUUUUUUAAAUGCAUGCUUAUGUACUCAUGCCAUUAACACAUUUCCUUUACUUUUCAUUUACAGCGAUGUGGUUGCAUGAUCGCAGGCAGGGGCAGCUCGUUGCAUGACUUAGCUUAUUCCUUUGCUCGGGAUGGCAUUACCUGCAGGCUAACCAGCUUUUGAGGCGCAGAUCUAACAUAUAUUUUGGAUAUUUUUUCUUUUUUGUGCUUUCAUUCCUCAUUGCCUCAAGAACCUCCCAGUUGUGGCAAAUAAUGGCUUAGUUUUAUAAACUAACAUAUUAUUUAACAAUUUCUGUAAUUAUCGCCUCUUCUUCCUUGGAAAAUUUCUAUUUCAAUGUUGUACUAUAAAUCUCUUUUCCUUUAGUAAAAAAUGCCCCUAUUCACUGAUCUGGAUAAAGAAUAAAAUAUGAAGAUUUGAAUACCCCACACAUUUAUGUUCAUUGUGUGCAAUAUAAGUUUUUGUACUGUUUUCCUUCCAUGUUUUGUGUUUAAAUUUGUCCACUUAAUGGAAUGUACAUGGAACCACUAGAGCCAAAUCAAACCGUACCCUAUGGGGUAUGGCGUUCAUUGUCAGUGCAACUAUUUGCGCUUUGUACAACUGAAAUACUUACACUUCCCACGCAUUUUGAGCAUCACAGAGCUAUUUGUUUACAUGUUCUCGCUCUCUUUUUUUUUUUUUGCUCUACAUAUGUAAUAAGAUUUUAUCCUAAAUUAUAUAUAUUGCUGCCUAUUGUAUGUUAAUAAUAAUUUUCUAAUUAUACUUGUAAUUAAUUUGCAUAUAUUUGGCGUCUUAGCUUUUAUUUAAACUGGUGCUUAUGCUUUAAUUUCUUUUGUUUUUCUUAAAUAUCCUGUAUUUAUACAAAUGUAUAUGAACUUAGACACAAAGAGCCAAUGGCUCAGGUUUGGGUUGUUUUCUGUUUACUGGAUAAUGAAAGUGGACAGAAAAGCAAAGAGACAACUUCAGUAUUAUAUUGUAUCAUAAAGCAGAUCAUUCAUAUAUAAUUUUAAUGUAAAAAAUCUGAUCCAUUUUUAAUGUAAGUUUUUAUGUUUUCAUAAAAUUCAUUUCAGUGCGGCCCGAUUUUGGUUGACAAAGGUUCAGUCAUAUCUGUCAGUGACGUUCAUGCAAGGGACACACAACUACAUUCUGUAAAACCAACCUGUCUUAUCUGUGAUCAUAGGUCUCAGGGUGUGUGGGUAAUUAUCCAAACAUGUGAUUAUACUAGAAUUCAAAUCUCAUGUAGUAUGGGCACCUAUGGAGAAACCAACAUUGACAUUCUCUCAGUUUUAAGAUGCGUAAAGACAUUUAAAAAGCUACUGGCCUCUUGAGUUUUAAUGCCACUAUGGCCUCAGUUGGGUCCAAAUGAUUGUAUCAUCCCUAUUUUUUCCACCACCAGCGCAGUAAACCCCAUUUCUUUUUUACCAUCUCGCCAAAUAAGCAGAUUAUGGUUACUUUGAAGGAGAACUAAAGCUUAACAAAAAAGUACGGUAGAACUUCAGCACAUAAUGUUUUGGGCUUCUGUAGCAGGGAAUAUCUGGGUCUAUGCUCCCAGUAGCUCCCUAUCUUUUUUCUAUUAUUCAAAGUGCAUGCUCUGUGCAAAAGUUAGUUACUGAGCUUAGGGACCGACUCGCAAUAUCUUAAAUAUAUAGAAUAUAAAUGUCAUAAUACAAGGCUGAUUAGUAAUUAAUUACAUUACAGCUCAGUAACCAGUGUCAUCCUGGUCUAGCCUAAUCUCUGUGAGGCUAGAGUUUUAUUGUUAUUGUAACCUUUUAUUACUUAGCUUAUCUAUUUAGGCCCUCCUCUAUUCAUAUUCCUUUCUAUUUCAAACCACUACCUGGUUGCUAAGUUAAAUUGGACCUUACCAACCAGAUAGCUGCUGAAAUUCCAAACUGAAGAGCUGCUAGACAAAAAAGGCAAAUAAUUCAAAAACUGCAAAUAAUAAAAACUGAAGACCAACUGCAAAUUGUUUCACAAUAGCAUUUUCUGUAUCAUACUAUGUGUUGAUUUAAAGCUGAACAACCUCUUUGAGCUUAGCUUCUCUACAGCUGCCCAGACCACUCUAGCCAUUCGUGUCACUGACACUUUUAUAACAGGCUUCAAGAUGGUGAGGUCCUGUGACAACACUAAAAGCCUGAAUCAUUACUGUUAUAGAGAUACAGAAACUUCUGGUGCAGUAAGAUCAGUAUAGAAAAUAUGGCAUAUCUAGCCAUAUUUGUUUUUAUGGUUUAGUUCUCCUUUAGGAGACAUGCUUUGCAUGGGGAAUUGCAUGAUCAAUGUAAACUUUCCCACAGUUUUCAUGUGUAGUUAACAGAGAGCGCAGGGCUUGGUGCUGACUGAAUUUUGUGUAUAACUGUGAUCCAGUUGAACACUUAGAAGGGUACAGUUAGUCAGAUUAUGGUCACACCCGGUUAUAUUUGUAAAAUGAUGAUCAAUUAUGGUGCUGGGCAUCACCUUCUGACUGCAGGUUGGCCCCAAUUCUUAUAGAUAUCAUUAUGGAUAAGACAGUUUGGGCUGACCAUUUAUUUUGUCAAACAGAAUCCGUUGCUAUUCAUGAAAAUAAGGCACAGAUUGGCACAUUUUUAUUUUACUACAAACUAUUUUUAAAAGAAAGCUCUGUGUGCCUCCUAUUACUAUACAAGUAAUUGUAUCCACGUGUUGUCCGGCAAUGGAAAACAUUUAGCACCUUCAGUCAUUCAGGCAUGUGAAUCGCCUUCUCUCCAUGAAAGGCAAACACCAAUUACCCCUAAAGAACAGCAAAUAACAUAUCAGAUAUCAGAAGUUUGCAGUCUUUUGGCUUUCUUUUCAUUGUGUUAAAAUGUUUUGUUUUAAUUUAGAAGAACAUGAUAUAAAUUGGAGGGGAGCCAUUUCUUGCCGUUGCCAAUCGCAUAUAUACAUUGGGUAAUAAGUACAGAGAUUACGCGCCAUUUUGCUUUACUCUCUUUAGGUGAAUGUGUUUUUCUUUUGACUUCAGUGACAAUUUUUAUAAAUAGAAAGACAGCCUUAGAAAAUACAGUUUGAGUGCAAAGAAAAAAUGAGGCAAAUCAUCUGCUGCCCACUCUAGGAUGCCAGGAGCCCUGUUCCAGGCAUAUCGUGGCACAAUGGGGCAUAUUUCCCAGACAUCUCCAUGCUCCUUAUCUGUUUGUUGGCUCUCGAUGACCUAAGUGGCAGCUGAACUUAUUUGUAGUACGUCUUAAAAAUAAAAAGGCACAUAAAUUCCAAACCUCCAUGUAAUAACCACGUCACUGUGCUCAGAGUAUCAACAACUUCUCUGUAGGCAAUGUUUUUAAGACUGAAUUUGUAUAUAGAAGGGAAAUGUACAUUUUUCCAUUCAUGGCUAAUGAAUUGGGAGACCUGUCUGACACACAGGGUUUAAAGCUUCCAGUGAUACCAGAAGUGUACUUUUGUUAAGUAACAUGUAAAUAAACAUUUCUUUAAAAAA